AUGCAUCGAUUAAAGGGAGUUGUUUUUCUUUUGCUAUUAUUUAUCGCUAAAUAUCAAGCACAAGAUCCAACACCACCUACUGAUUGGAAUGGUGACCCAAAUUUAUGUACAAUUAAUCCACCACCUACACCUUCAUCAUUACCUGCACCACCAAUGCCUAGAUUUCCAAAUAAAGCUGAAUUUGGUCUAGAACGUGUCGAAAUUAAGCAUAUUAUAAAUAUAACAUUACCUAGUGAAAUGACUAUGCUUGAAUAUCUUUAUGAUUACGAUGCUAAUAAAUUAAUUAUAGUUAAAAAUAAAAAUGGCUUUAUUGAUGCUGAAUAUUUUUACUAUGGUCCUAAUAAGAAAUCAACUUAUUAUCAAGGACAAUAUUGUGUUGUAACGGAUAUUCCAACAGAAAAUGAUAUGGAUGGUGCAUCGGCAAUAAGAUUACCAAAUGGUGCAUGGCAUAUUCGUCCACUGAAUGAAUUUCUUUUAUUUUCAAGUGAUGAUCAAAGUCGACGAGUUACACCAGUAUAUCUUGGUACAGAUACAGUACGUGGAAUUCCAGUUCAUAAAUGGCAAAGUUGUUAUGUCAAUAAAACAGAUUAUCGAACAGUACGACGUAUAUGGACAUUUGCUCAAGAUGGAGUUGCUAUGCCAGGUGUAACUGAUGCUAAAUUUGCUAUUCCUAUUCAAGCAAUGAUUAGUGGUUCAUAUGUCUUUCCAAAUGGCACACAAAUAGCUGAAGUUGAUGAAAUAUAUAAUGUUCUUGCAUUUCGACCAGGUAUUAUGGAAACAGCUGAUGCAUUAUCACCACCAAAAGGUGUUUUUUGUGCUAGUGGUCCAGGUCAAACUUUAAUAUCACUUAAAGAUGCUGGUGUCAUUUGGCCAAAUCAUUUUAGUGUUCGUGUUGAAACUUCAACAUCACGUGCACCACGAUGGGAACGAUUUCAUUUACGUUAUGAUCAAGGUCGUGAAAGUGGUUCAAGACGUUUACGUUAUGAUUUCAUGCCACCUGGUGCAGAAGAUUUUCAAUCCGUUAUUCAUGAUUAUACAAAUAAUUUAACUUAUAUUAUGGAUCUUCGUGUUGGUUCAUGUAAAAUUAAUAGUGGUGUAGACAUUCCUGAUGUUAGUCCUAUUAGUGAUCCAAUACGAUUUUUUGUUAAACAUGAAGCUCAAAUAAUAUUUAAUCCACCUGAAAAUGCUUGGGAAUUUAAUGGAUUUCGACUUUGUCGUGGCAAUACUAUUCGAUGUACAAUAUUAACAACAUCAAUAGAUCGAUUUCCUGCUAUGGUUGAGCCAGAUACUGGUAUGACAACAGGUGAAACAUGGGCAGCAACCAAUGUUGAAUAUGGCUGGUCAAUGCGUUCACCAAUGGCUUUGGCACCACCUGAUCGACCAAAACAAUUUGAUUAUCCAGUAAGUUUAUAUUUAAGAAUGUAUCGAUUUCGAGAUCCAUCCAAUCCAUCACCAUUAAGUAUUAUUACUGAAGAUGUUGAAUAUGAAUUUUAUGAAAUGUCUCAUGAUAGAGAUCAAUUUGAUUUUGAUAUAAGUUUAUGUUAUCGUGCACUUAAUUAUGAAUAUUUACAUCUUGUUUUUACAUGUACAAUUAAAGAAGGUCUUAUUGAUGGUAAUAAAAUAAGUAGACGUCAAUUAAACAUACGAACACAUAUGAAUUUAGCACGUAUAAUGCAAAUUAAAUUUUCACGUAUAUCUGAUGUAGAAAUUGAUCAUGAAACUGCCGAUAAUAGUGUACAAGUUUUUUUUACUGUUCUUGGUCGAACACUAAAACCAGGCACACAAUCAGGUUUUGAUGAUAGUGAACCAACAGCUGCAACAGCAACUGAUACGUUAAGACAAGCUAUUGAUAAUGGAAAUUUUCAAUUUGAUUUAAUAUUAGAAGAUAAUUCUACUGCACCAGUACGAGCAGAAUCUGGUUCAUUAAAAUCUUCAACACAAUAUAUGUCAACUCAUAAAGUUGGAAAAGUAGCUUAUACUGAAAAAUAUACAAGUGGUUCACAAGCAACAGCUAUUAUUGUUGGUUUACUUAUUGGUGUUGUUCUAGGUGUUAUUAUAAUAGCAAUUGUUCGAGUUGUACGAAAAGAACCAAUGCCUACUUUACCAGUAUCAAUAUCAAAUAUUGGUUUUAAAACAAAAACUGAAAGCAGUGCUUGA